UGAGUUGGUUGGCGGGUUUAGGCUGCUGUUUCAUUUUCAUUUUACAGUUCUUUCCAGACUUCCAUUUGGUGUGCAAUUUUAGUCUUGGUUGCUCGCCGAGUACGUUUUCAAUACCUUUUUAAUUUUUACUAUGGAUGAAAUGGAUCUCGUUACUGUAAUCGCUCCUGUUAACAUUGCCGUUAUAAAAUACUGGGGUAAACGUGAUGAGAAACAAAUUUUACCGAUUAAUGACUCUGUAAGUGUUACUCUAGACACGAGUAUUAUGUGUGCAAAAACUUCAGUGUGUUUCGGGCCGGAAUUUACGGAAAAUGAAAUUUGGCUAAACGGAGUCAAGACAUCGUUCUCAAAUCCACGUCUAGUGAAUGUCUUAGACAAGAUUAAAAAUAUAGCUGCCACUCAAAGAAGUGUCGAUAAUGCUGUUCUCUCUUGGAAAGUUCGAGUUUGUUCGGAAAAUAAUUUUCCGACUGCGGCAGGCUUGGCGUCAUCGGCAGCGGGUUAUGCUUGCUUAGUAACUGCUCUUGCUAAGCUCUACAAAAUAAAAACGGAUGUCAGUGUUUUGGCAAGAAUAGGAUCAGGAAGUGCUUGUAGAAGCGUUUUCGGUGGCUUCGUGCGUUGGCAUACUGGUGUUAAUGCUGAUGGCAGUGACUCUAUAGCAACACAGAUUGCAGAUUCUACACACUGGCCAGAAAUGAAGGCCUUAAUACUUGUUGUAUCAGAUAUUAAAAAACAUACAAGUUCCACAGUUGGUAUGAUGAAUAGUGUGAAUACAUCAGAUUUAUUGAAGUACCGUGCUAAAUAUACUGUACCAAGAAGAACUGAAGAGAUAAGUGAAGCUAUUUUGAAGAAAGAUUUUGCUAAGUUUGCUGAGUUGACUAUGAAGGACAGCAAUCAAUUCCAUGCAGUCUGCCUCGAUACCUACCCACCUUGUGUUUAUAUGACAGAUGUCUCGCACAAAAUUGUUGAAAUAAUUCAUGCUUACAAUGAUAUGUGUGGAGAAUUAAAAGUGGCAUAUACAUUUGAUGCUGGUCCCAAUGCGUGUUUAUAUCUUCUAGACAAAGAAGUUCCUACGUUAUUAAAACUUAUUAAAUAUUUGUUCCCAACAUCUAAUCUUGAUUUUGUUAUUGGACUAGGUGAUGUAGAGGGUGAUUGUAAAUUUUUAAAUUCAUUCCCCGUACAACCACAAGCGAAGGACAUAAUUAAAUAUGUCAUUCACACAAAGGUUGGCAAAGGACCAGAAUUUGAUACAUCACAUUUGUUAGACAAGAAAGGGAAUCCUUUAAAUGUAAAAUGAAUAUAUUUGUAAUUUUAGGAAAUAUUUAUAAAUUGUUAUAUUUGUGGUUAAAGGUUGGAAGAGAUUGAUAUUUUUACAAGUUAUUUAUUUAAAC